GGUCUGAUGUUCAACAAGUUGCCUUUACACUUCUCCGUUAAUUUGUUUCAUCUCGGCAUAUUUUCUCUUUAAUUUAAUAGAAAUGAAUUCUCUGAUCUAUCUUUUGAAUUCUUAUACCGGGCGUGAUAGUAUUGUUCGUACUAUGAGCUAUUUUUCAUUAUAUUUAAGCAGUCAAACAAGUGGAAGAUGUUCUCGUAAGUUAAAAAUGAUUAGUGAAGAACUCAGUUACUGUAGAUUAAUUCUACGCCUCUUCGAUGACUUACCUAUGCUUCGAUUUACCUUAAGUUAUGGUUUGGGAAGAGAGGAAAAAAGUGUGCUUUUGCAGUUUCUUGGUGUUUUAAAGAAUUUAAUAGAUCAAAUGUAUUAUCCAAUAGAACAUAUUACUUGGGCAGCUGAGAAGCAAUUAAUAAAACUAAAUACUGCUACUUUAAAUGUCACUGGAUCUGCAUUAUGGGCAUUGUCUUCUUAUAUUAGCAUGAUAAGAGCUCUUAUUCUAAUGACUAUACUGCAGAGAAAGACUGUUGGUUUGAAAAAUAUAACCAUUCACGAAGAAAUAGUGAAGGAACAGUUAGAACUUUUGCUUUCUGCUUUUAAAGAUGUUGCUGACGUUGUGAUUGCAAUAAAUUAUUUACCCCAUGGAAGUUUACUUUGGGCUGGUAAACUGAAUACAAAGCAAAUUGGAGUAUUUGGUAUUGUAUCAUCGCUUAUUCGUGUUUUACUGUUAGUGAGAAAUUCUGCUAAAACUGAAACACACAAGUUGAAGUAAUUCACUUAUUGUGUCACAUUUAAUGCUUACUUAUUGUGUAUACAUGUUUUUAUAACUGAAUGCGACUAUGCCUUGUUGAGCUAUCUAUUUCAAACAUCAUGAAAAUUUGUAUGUGAUCUUUGUCCAUAAAGCUAUUUUUAUUAAAUUGUAUUUUUAAAUGGGUGUUUUUUAGUAGAAUGAUAUGUAUGUUCUAUGUCAUGUUAUAGGAAAGAAAUAGGACUUCGUAUACUCAACAUAAAACAUAUUUGUUCUUGAAAAAAUAAUUUAUCACCCUUUUCUUAAACAUACUUUCAACUUAUUUGUACAAAAAAGAGAAUUUUUUAGGAAAAAAAAACAUCUUUGUUAUUUGCAUUGGUAGCAGAAUUACAGUACUACAGUAGAACCUCAAUUAUCCAAAACUCUUAUAACUGGUACCUCCUUUAACCAAAGUAAACCUUCAUAAGUUUAUCAAACUUUUUCUUAGUCAAACAUUUCUCUGUAAGGUCACCAGAGAGCUAUUUCCUCUGCAAGCACCCAAAAACUAUCCAUGCAGUUCUAUCCCUUCUUAAAAAAAAAAAAAAAAAAAAAAUCUUAACCUUUUACAACAGUUAAUUUUUAGAAUACUAAAUGGUUAUAAUUUUCAAAAAUGCUACUAAACAUCAAACUGAUCAAAUCUGAAAUUAAAACUUUGUUUUAUUUGAUACAUAUCUGAUAUACAAUCAUUCUUUAACUAAACCGUAUGCACGCCCUUUAAAAAAAUCGAAAAAAUUUUCAUUCUAUAGUACUGAAUAAAUAACAAAUGAUGUCACUCUUUGAGGGUUGAGGUGGCUUGAGAAACUAUCAUAGUUUUGGAUUAGGGGGAGGGAGUGGGUAACAAAAGUUUUAGCAUCACAGAUUGUUUUAUUACAAUACAUUCAUAAAAACUAGUUUGAUAUGUGACAAAAGCAAGGUAGAAGAUAAGGUGAAAUGGUACACUUUAAGACUAAGAGAUGGGUGGGGAUAAAAAUGUUGAAAAAAGUGUGACAUCGUUUAUGGCAGCCCCUAAUACGUAUACAGUCGACUCGCAAUGCAACGUGAUUAACUAUCGAAUUGAAUUCCACGUUCUCAACAAGAAAAUUUCUAGAAAGGAAUCUUGCUGUAUAAAUAUCAGCUUUGCUAUUGGCUGCAAAAAAUAUUGGUUUCGGGAAUAGACUUUCAUCUUUUUAGCAUCACAUAGCGGAAGUUCCCUCAACAUACUAGUCUGAACAUUGUUUUGUUAUUGUAUACAAGUAAAUACUCUGCUUUUUAUAUUUAUUUUUCUCAUUCGAAAUGCAAAAGGUUAUGAAACAUAAUGACACCUAAGAGCACUGCUUAAUGUAAAGUUCGUGAAGAUGGAAAGGAAAAGAGCUGACAAUUAAAGAAGAGCUAAAGGUUCUCUUUUUGGUUGAAGAGCUAUAAAAUGCAUUGAAGGUAGUACAACAGUUAGGUAUAAGUAGACCUUUUAUAUGUACAAUUAAAAGUCAAAAAAAGGGAAAUCCGUUAAAGUUCACAAAGAAGUGUCUAAGUUAAAUACUGCUGUUUGAACGAGUACCAACUCCCCUAGAGGGAAAUGAAGGUAAAUGUGACUUGUUUGAAAGUUACAGCUGUUCUUUAAAUGCAGACAAAGUUUAUCGUGCAACUUAUCCCUUGCAAAAGAAAAAGAGGUAGGAAGAACAUUCUAAAAAUGAUGUUGCUGUGGGUCUUGAUGCAGCAAA